CAAAGUAGGCUUAUAAGAGGUAGCAUCAAUCAACUAUUAUUAUGAAGCCAUUAACACUAAUGCAAUUAAUGCAAGUACUAAGUAACAACUAUCUUAAAGCUUCAUUUGAGAAUCUAAAGCUCAUUCAGAUAAGUCACAGUUACCAAACAAACUUGAACUGGUUUUCAUGGCUGCAUUUUCAGUAUGUUACAGAACACCUUACAAGAACACAUGCAUAGUUUUUGGCAAAGAUUCUAUAUACAAGACCGCGACAAAAUUACGUGUUCAGUGUUCAUCAGAGUCUACCUCUACUGAGUCUGAGAAGAAACUAAGAUCGUUAGAUUCUUAUUUUGGAAAACUACAACAUAAAACAAAAUUACAUGUUUCUGAUGCAUCAAGUGAGGUGAUGAAGGUGCACCAAGAAAAUGGUCAAUCUGAAUCAAAUCAUGAACUUGAGUCUCUUGAUGAGUAUCUUGGCAAGCUAAAUAAUGGCAUAAACCAAGAAUCUCUUGUGGCAUCUUAUGUUGAAAAUUCCAAGGAUGAAAGUUUAGCUCCGAAACAAAUUCUCAGCCAAGAUACUCAAAGAACAAAUUUUAGGAAACCAAAUACUUAUGUCAAUAUAAGAAGAAUACAAGGUGUUAGUGGUUCAAUAUCUGCUAUAGAUUCACAUGAUCAGCUAAAUGAUACAUCCAGUCUUUACCUCAUAGGUAUAUUGGCAUCAGUGAACAUUGGAGUGUUUCUAUUUGAAAUUGCAAGUCCUAUAAGGAAUAAUAACUUAGAGCUGUUUUCACUUCCAAUGCUAUAUGGAGCAAAGAUAAACCAUUUGAUCAUGGUUGGAGAAUGGUGGAGGCUUAUAACACCAAUGUUUCUGCAUGCAGGGAUAUUUCACAUGGCUCUGAGUUGUUGGGCCCUUGUAUCAUUUGGGCCUCAAGUUUGCAAAGGCUAUGGUUCAUUUACAUUUUUCUUGAUCUACAUACUUGGUGGAGUUUCUGGCAACUUGGCAAGUUUUCUACAUACACCAGAUCCAACUGUCGGUGGCACCGGACCUGCAUUUGCAAUAAUUGGUGCUUGGCUCAUGUACCAAAUUCAAAAUAGAGAUGUUAUUGAAAAUGAUGAUUCUGAUAAUCUAUUCAAGAAGGCAAUAAUUAUUACAGCUCUUGGUUUCAUCUUAUGCAACCUUGGUCCAAUUGAUGAGUGGUCACACUCGGGAGCAGCUUUCACAGGCAUGGCAUAUGGCUUUCUAACUAGUCCGGCUCUUCAGCUGGACGAGACAUCACCUGGUACCGAUGGAGAAGGACUCAAACUUGUUACAAAAUACGGUGCUUCAUGCAAAUCACUUGUUAUCUUUGCCAUAUUCGUCGUUGUUUUAAGUUCACUUCUUUUGUUUAUGGAUCCCCCUCUCAAUGCAUUGGCAUCUGUUGUAGCCUUGGAAUAUAUGUCAAUAUUUGGCUGAACUGCAUGAGAGCUUUAUAUGUAAUACACACACAAAAGUUUUUGAUGAUC